CUGAAACCCUAAUCUCUCCACAAUGAAUAGUCCCAAAGAUACCCAUCUGAAAAACUUCGUCCUCUCUCUCGCUCUCUCUCUCUUCCUCGUCGCCUCGUCGUUACCGAGUCUUGAAACCAGAGCACGAGAGAAAUCCGAAACUUAUGACGCGGGAGAGGAUACGAAACAUCCGCACGAUCUCGUCAACAUCAAGAAAACGACGCCGUUUUUCUUGAACCGGGCGCAACACGACCAUCCUCUUUGUCGUCGUCGUCGUCGUCAUCGUCGUCUUCUUGGUCGCAAGGAUCAGUACUUCGAGAUGGUGAAGAAGAACCGGCCGGUCGAACCGGGCUCACUUUCGGUUAUGCUUCCAAAGGGAGUCAACCCACCAAGCUCCGGUUCAUCUCAUUGCCACAACCGGUUCCCUAAUUCUGCAUCUCGUUUUUGCCAUCUCCCCGACUCUAGAAAACCCUAGAUCGACCCGGAAUAUAAGUAUAUUCUAUGGGAACAAUAUCGGUUCCUUUAUAUCGUGAAUCUUCUUUGUUCGUCUCGUCUGUAACCUUUUUGUUUGUUCUCCUUAUUCCUGAUUCUCUUUUAUUGAUCGUUAUUGCAU